CUUACAUCAAACAACACGCUUGAGUUAAAUUCAUCAUCAGUACAUUACAUCUUCACUUCAAACUCUCUCUAAGAUCGUUUCUUACGAGACUUUUUUUUUUUUUCGGAUCCAAAUUUAACAAAAAUAAAAUAAAUAUGGAUCGCAGUUUCGUCCUAACAGUUACAUUGAUCUGCAUUGCCUUCGUCGGCGUCGGUGGCCAAUCUCCGAUCUCAUCUCCGACCAAAUCUCCCACCACUCCUUCUGCUCCUACUACUUCCCCUACUAAAUCCCCCGCCGUUACUUCUCCCACGGCUGCUCCGGCUAAAACUCCGUCUUCUUUACCAGUCGAAGCACCGAAAUCUCCUGCUCCCGUAAGCUCAUCUCCGCCACCGACACCUGUUCCCGAGAGCUCUCCUCCGGCUCCUGCACCAAAAGCUUCUUCUCCGGUGAGCUCUCCACCCGUUCCAGCACCAGUAGCUGAUUCUCCUCCAGCCCCGGUAGCCGCUCCAGUGGCUGAUUCUCCUCCGGCUCCGGUAGCUGCUCCAGUAGCUGCUGAUGUACCGGCUCCUGCUCCAAGCAAGCACAAGAAGACUGCCAAGAAGUCUAAAAAGCACCAAAACGCACCUGCUCCGGCUCCAGAACUUCUCGGUCCUCCUGCACCACCGGCGGGAGCUCCCGGACCUAACUCCGACGCAUUUUCUCCCGGUCCUUCCACGUCUGCCGAUGAUCAGAGCGGAGCAGAGAGCACAAGGGCAUUGAGGAAUGUAGCGGUGGGAGCGGUUGCAACCGCGUGGGCCGUUCUCGUCAUGGCAUUCUAAAAUUAUUUAUCUUUUCACCCCUAAAUUCUUUUAGUUUUUAUCCUUUUGGACCCUACCAUUGUCUGUUUCUUUUACGAAUUUGUGGUAUUGAGAGUAUUAUUUAAUUGAUUAUACAGUUUGUAUUACUUUUAUUUUAAUUUAUUAUGGAAAUAAUAAGAAAUUUAUAUCUGUCA